AUGGCUCUGGAGCGGCAUGCCUUCCUUAAACCUGGGGCCCGGCGCUGCGGUGCCUCCGGAGGAGCUGAAGUUGUGUUUUCUGUGGACUGCACCAAGCUGAAGGACUAUUUUUUACCUGAAAAAAGAGAGUUUGACUGUAUUUAUUUCAACUUCCCUCACUGUGGGAGAAAGGCUGGGGUAGUGAAGAAUAGAGAGCUGCUUGCCCACUUUUUCCAUAGCUCUGCAGAAGUGCUGACAGAGGAGGGAGAGGUCCAUGUGGCUCUUUGCAAUGGACAGGGUGGGACACCUGCUGAUCAACCAAGGAGAGAAUGGCACAACAGCUGGCAAAUAGUGGCUGUGGCAGCAGGAGCUGGAUUUAUCUUGAGUGACGUUCAUGCUUUUAAAGCAGAGACUAUCCGUGGAUAUAAGUGUACAGGCUACAGGAGUCAAGAUAAACCUUUCUGUGUAGAGGGUGCUUUAAACCACAUUUUCACACGAAGCAUGCCACUUCCGUAUUUCAAACCUACCAUCUGCAAGAUAGAACUGGAAAGCCGAAAAGUUUCUUUUCAAGUGCCACAAGUACUUGUGGAUAAAAUUGAUAGGGGUUUCCUAGAACUAAAUUCAAAUCAUCCAGUACGGACAGUAAAGGAGAAGCUCACUGCAGAGCUCAGCCAAGCCUUUCCGUUACAAAACAUUGACUGCUGCCUUUCUCUGCUCCACCAAGGUCACCUCAAUGGUGUUUGUCACUCAAAUAUCUUUUGGAUCAUUCUGAACCCAGAGGAGACUCCAAGCACUGAAGAAAUGUCUAAUGGACUGGCAAAUGCAGUUUUAUUUUCCCGUGUUGAUUUUUGCAGGGACACAGAUAAGAAUGGCUGGGUGAAUGUACAAGAGGGAUGCCACAUUUCAAAACAGUAUUGUCUUAGACCUUCCCUUCUGCCUUAUGCUCAAGCAAUAAUACAAAGAGGAGCCUUUCUCCCGGGGACACUUCAUGUUCUUUCUGGCCCAGUUUUCAGGAAGUGUCUUAUCACUCCUUACUCCAUGCCUGUUUUUCAUGAGAUGGUUUUUGUUUGUGCAGUUAACAGGGGUACAGAGAACAGCUGUAUCCAGAUGUUGGUGAAUAACAUUAAAACCAGCAUACAUUCUCUUCUUCACCAGACUGUUUCCAGCUUUAAACUGAAUAUCAAUCUCCAGGAAGAAGUGAGCUUUGAAACAACUGAGCUAAAUAACUUUGCUGCUUUUGAAUCUCAGCUUAGUAGAAUUCAGUACUUCAUCUGUAUGGAGAUAGAUGCUUCAGGCUCCUGUGAGAAGGGCUCCUGUGUGGGAAUUAUAAGGACAGCUCAUUAUGAACUAGUAAGCAGUGAGUUGGUUGUUGUCUUUGCUUCAUUGAAUCUUGACCUCCUAGCUAUGCUGAUCUGUGGAAUACCUGACUGGCGAAUGCUCUGGACAUCAGACACACGGUUCCUCCGUCAAUUUCCUAGAGGAAAGUUAAGGCUUUUCAAGAGUUUUUCUCUCUAUCCACCUUCCUACGUGCAUGAUGUCAGCUUUUGGGUUCCUGAUGGGGAACAAUUCGAUGAAGUUGCUUUUCACACCAUUGCUAGGCAGGUGUCAGGUGAAAUGGUCGUAUCUAUCCGGUUAAUCGACUGUUUCCUCUGCUACAGGCUGACCUUUCAGUCCUGUGACAAGGCACUGAGCCGCCAGAAGGUGGCAGAGAUGCAGCUGCUCUUUCGGAAGGAAAUAAACCAAUGUUUGCGUGUAACUCUUCGGUAGGGCAUUGUAUGUUGUUUUCAGGUGCCCGAGCAGUGUCUGCACUUGUUGCCGAUCUGGAAAAUGUGGCCUACAUCUUGCUGGACCUAACGCUGUGUGUUAUUGCAGCACCUCUUACAAAGGCGGUGUGGACUUGAAGUACCUGCACACAUUCUAAAUGUGGAAAUUCCCAUUAAUGAAGACCAAGCACCUUCCUGUUCUGCGUGUGUGUAAUGAAAUGUCAUUUUUAAAAGUGGAACCUUUCUUUACUAGGGUCCUGUGAGACUGGACUUUGUCUCCUUACUGAUGCCAAUUCACUUUUCCUAUUCCUUGCUUAUGUUUGCCCAGCGCCUCGUACUGGUGGCGUUUGUAUCGAGUACACCGAAAGAGGGAGGAUCUUACUAUUUCCAAAGGGUUGUGUACAGUCUGAGCACUGAAAACUCUCUGCACAGGUGCUCAGUCCCUGUGGGAAGACGGCGUGUGCUGGGCUGCCAGUGCCAGGCGUGCACCUGGUGGGGCCCCAGCCGCAUGCACCAGCAGACUAUUUUCUGGUCUUUAGAAAAUAGAAGUGCACCAGCAGACUAUUUUUUAGACGGCGAUCACAAAUGGCAAUUCCAUUGCUAGAUUCCAAAGGAUACUAGCUGAUCCUGAAAGAUAGCUGUAGCACCGGUAGUGCGUUAAUAGCUACAGCAGAUGUAACGGCUGACAGAGAACUCCAGUAACCAGAUUCCGAGUUACUGGAAUCUGUAGGGUUACGCUGGGGAGAGGUAUCAAUAGCACGGUGGACACUAAUAGGUCUGUCUUUUACACGUCGAAGACUCUAGGACCUGAGGUCAUUGCUGACGCUGUAGCAACUCCCAGGUUGCGCUAGGUAGUUCAUGGCUGCCGCAGACACUGAGACGUGCUACCAGGUAGUUCUGUUAGACUCUUCUACCAGUAAGUAACUCUGCAGCUGGAAAAUCUACACCUGAAUUCUCACAGUGGAGCCCCCAGGGUCUUCGGGAACGAAAUAAAAGUCUCCC